GUUUGUAGCAGAGUCCAAGUUCCGGAGUGAGCGCGAGAAGGCUACCGAGCUCAUCAAGGCCCGUGACGAGGCCAAGGCUUUCUCAAGAAACAUCGGGGGACAGGCCGAUGAGGGCAACGGCGACAACACAACAUACAAGGUCAAUCCAGAGUACAUCGGCACUGUCUUCGAGGAUUACAUCAUGCCUUUGACGAAGGAGGUCGAGGUCGCUUACCUGCUUGCCAGACUCGAUGAGACGGAGCGACCUGACCCAGAGAAGGAGCUGUGGCUGCUUCAUGUCUUAACCGGACGGCGAGCUUGCGCUAUGCAGGAGGAUCUCAAUAUCAGGGCCGACCAGCUCUGA